GGAUAAUUGAUUAACCUGAAAAGAAAUUCACCAUUUUCUUACCUAAGAAUUUUGUAAAAGUCUCUUCUUCAUCUAUCCUUUACUGCGGCGUAUGUGUUUUCCCACCACUCACUUACAACCGGGACUGCGGAAAUCUCGACCUUAUUUUAGUUACUGCGAACCUGUCACUUAGUCAGGUCCACCUCUCGGUCAUCUCCCCAUCCGAACGCGAACGGACUCCGCAGAAUAUCCUGCUAUCAACUUCUCCGGCGCAGUCGUCUCCUAGAACCUCCUCCAAUCCUCCUACCAACUUUACCCUUCAGGUCCUAGCGAGCACAGUCAAAAUGCCUCUCGGGAUUCACAAUCCCUUGCCUUCAUCUUUGAAUAGCGAGUGUAGAAAGGCUGGUAAAAUUCUUGCCUCGUUUAUCGAUCCUCGACAAGCUUUUGGUCCUGAUAAAAUCAUUCCUCCUGAAAUCCUAGCAGGUGCUAAGGGGCUUGCGGUUCUCACCGUUCUCAAGGCCGGUUUCCUAGGCUCCGCUCGAUUUGGCUCGGGCGUUGUUGUUGCCCGCUUGGCGGAUGGCUCCUGGUCUGCUCCCUCGGCUAUCGCAACCGCAGGUGCCGGAUUUGGAGGUCAGAUUGGAUUCGAAUUAACUGACUUCGUCUUCAUUCUCAACGAUGCCGCUGCUGUCCGAACGUUUUCUCAGGUGGGAACACUAACUCUCGGUGGUAACGUUUCGCUCGCCGCAGGACCGGUGGGACGCAAUGCAGAGGCUGCCGGAGCGGCAAGCACAAAAGGCGUGGCCGCAGUCUUCUCUUACUCCAAGACGAAGGGUCUCUUCGCAGGUAUCAGCUUGGAGGGAAGCAUGCUAGUGGAACGGAAGGAUGCGAACGAGAAGCUCUACAAUAGCCGAGUGUCAGCACGGCAAUUACUCAGUGGGACUAUUAGACCACCCCCAAGCGCGGAUCCCCUCAUGCGUGUACUAAAUUCCCGCGCAUUUUAUGGUAACGCGAGAAAUGGCGAUGCGAUGUACAAUGACAUACCCAUUUACGACGACCAUCAUGAUGACGUGGUGUGGGAAGGACGACGGGGAGAUGCGUAUGGACAGGGUCUUCGACGUGACCGCACAGGUGCCAAUGAUGUGGAUACCUACGAGUACCGGGACCGACCCCGCCGCGCAAACACAUGGGCCGAUGAUGUAUACGACCGGCCUGCUGGGGGGUUGAGCCGCUCAUCGACCACUCGUAGCCCUCGCAAUGAUACAUUUGACACAUACAGCCGCAGCCGAAGUAACACAGCACCGUUCGAGGAGGACUAUGUUUAUUCUGACCACAAGCCCAGCCGACCCACGGCACCCAAGCCUGUUUUCGGGCAACGGACAGGACAAGCCCCGUCUCUGCGCCAAGACCAAGCGAUUGCCCUUUACACCUUCGAUGCCGAUCAAGAAGGGGAUCUGGGCUUCAAGAAAGGCGACAUCAUCACUAUCGUCAAACGCACCGAGAAGAAGGAAGACUGGUGGACGGGGCGCAUCGGAGAUCGGGUUGGCAUAUUCCCUGCGAACUAUGUCGACACGGCCUAGAAAUCUUACUGCCAACCCCUGGCUAAUGCGCAACGAAUUCUAACGAACCAAGAAAUCAAGCCCGCUUUUCUUCCUAGAAUCUUUUCGUCGUUUUAUGAUUCACAAUCGAACCGAGUGCGUUUCGGUCCAUUC